AUGCAUUGGUUGCCCUUCCUCCGCAGCCUCUGCCCUCCGACUCGUCCAGCUUCCUCUCCCGUUCCGCCACAGACGCCAGCUGCUCCGUCCGACUCGUCACAUGUGGCCCUCGCCGCCGACUUCACCCCUACAAGCAUAGUCUACGACCCCGACCUCGCCCACUGGAUCCAGGAACAGUUCUUGAGGAACGUUGAGGCAGCAUUGGCGGCGCGCGGCUGGACAAGCGAAGUCCCUGAGGACGUAAUCGCAGGCGGGAACGUCGCUCUGCCGCACUUCUGCGGUCCUUACAACAAAACCGGCGUCAGGACGAUCUGCACCCGCUUCGCCGCCCUCGGUACCCAUUUCGCCAGCCUUAUCGCAGCACUCGACGAAGUUCUCGGCAUUCAGCGCAAAGGAUCCGUCGAAGUUGUGUUUGACACCGUCCUCACGACGAAGAUGCGGAACGUCGACGGUCUCCCUCCGGACUUCCACCAGCGCUUCGAGCUCGUCGUUGGCACCACGACUUCUGGGCAGGUUGAAAUUGCUGUCGAGCUCACCGUAUCAUUGCAGCCCGGCAGCGCCUCGGAACCAGCGCAGCGCGACGGCGGAGGAGGUGGACUCUUCACACGCACCGCAUCCAUGCUGGCUCGUUCGCAGGUCCUCUCGGCAGAAAGACUGGCGAAAGAUGAUCCACUUCUGUACGAGUUCCUUGCGAAAAUGAUCCACGGCGCACAGUUUUACCGAAUCCGCUUCUUUCUUUACUUCAACGGCCUUACCUUCGGCGUCGGCGCCAUCACUUUCGCUGCCAAUCCCGUCACUCCGCCCACUACCGCACCGCAGCACGGCCAAACGCCUGCUUUCUCUAGAUCCCCUCGAUCAGCUCAACCCUUCAGCAUCCUAAUCACGCCGCCCAUCCCGAACGGCGAGCCUACACGCAGCCACCUUCCGACUGAUCCGCCUCCGCCUUCGCUCAUUCUCAUCGUUCUUGCCGCGCUCUACCCUCAGUUCGUCGACCAGGAGUCGCUCAACGCGCGCAUUCGGCAGAUCAUUGACACUGUCGGCACUUGCGACGCCGGAGAACCGUCCUCUUUCGUCAAGAGAGAUCGUACCGCGUCUCCCAGCUCGACAACAAGCCCGAGUCAAGCGACUUACCCGCAAACCUCGCCCUCCUCAACCAACUCUCCGCAGCCGCCUGCUUCCGUCUCCCUCGUCUGGCCCGACAGAAUGUCGGCCAGCUUGAAACCCGUCAACCCGCUCGACCUGCAAUUGCGGCUCGACGCUUUGCAACAGAAGACGCCGGAGCAGAUACUGGCGGCUGACAGUACGGCACGGCCUCGCCGUCCAGCGAUGUGGAGCGGUACGAUACAACUCGAGCGACUCGUCCACGCGAGCGAGCGCUCAUUUGUCUAUCGCGGCACACUCGACGGACAAACCAUCGUUGCGAAGGUCGGACGUCGGGACUGGGAGGACGCAAUCGUCGAUGAGGCCGCUGCGUCGAUCCUGGCGUAUCAGCGGAAGGCGGCAGUCCCACGGAUGCUCGCUUUGUUCGAAGGGCGAGAUCGGAUGGACGACCGCAGGCUCGUGGUGGCGGUCUUCCCGGACUGUGGCGACGCGCCACGGCGAUGGAAGGACCUAACGAUACAGCAGCGGAUCAACCUCCUCCUCGACCUCGUCCACCUCCACCAACACGCUCAUCUCGAGCACGGCGACGCAGCGCCUCGCAAUACCGUCAUCGACGCCAAUGGCACGACGAGGUGGAUCGACCUGAGCGGAGCGAGGGCGCAUGACUCGUGCGGUGGAGCGGAUUGCGAGGAGCUGAACGAGGUGUGCGGCGAGAUGGAGCUGUGGGAUGAGGAGGCAGCGGUGCGGGAGGCAGCGAGCAAGCGAGGAUUGAGGUGGUGA